GUGAGACGUAGAGAUGAGACAGAGAGCAAAAGAUCCGGCCGUGCGAUUCGUUAUCAUUUGUUUGAUGGCGUACAAAUUAACAUUAUGCGACCGUUAGAGUUUUGUUGGUUAAUCUUAUCACAUGAAUUUGCAAACAAUUAGAUAGACAUGUAUCACACACAGAGCAUUUCGCAGUUAUCCAGUCAUCAGUCCAUCAGUCAACCGUCAUUGGUAGUGGUCGGUGGUAGUCGAGUAGCCUGUCUGACUGUCGCGACAGUCAUGUUUCUAGUGUUCAAUUUCCAACAAUUUCGACAUGGACCUGCGGUGCACAGUGAUGAGUGUAUAUUCCAGAGACAUCCGCCAUCGACGGCCAUCUUCAUACUCUAUGGAUUGGCUGUACCCGUUUUGGCCGCCUUCGGACUCUGUACGAAUUUCAUCAAUGCGGUGGUUUUUAUGCGUCCCAAGAUGACGCCAUCGGCUUUCAGCUAUCUGGCCGCUCUCUCCUGGCUAGAUUGUGUCUCCUGCACGCUGAUCACCUUGACUGCCUUGUCACGUAGUUUUUUCUAUGAUAUACCCUCCUGGAUUGGCUACGAUUAUCAAUGGCAAGUGCCGCUCUUUAGCAUUAGCACAGGAGCAGCUAAUUUGAUAUUGGCCUGUGUUAGUCUGGAUCGAUUUCUCUAUUUGUAUCGCUUCAAGGCCAACAAUGGAGCCCCGAAAUUCUGUCGUCGCAAGGUGGCACGUUAUAUGAUUUUCGUGGUCAUUAUCAUUUCGAUUGCCGUCAAUAUGCCAUAUUUUUUUGUCUUCUAUGUGGAUCCCAUUACGGGAGUGUGCCAUGUCACUGAGUUCUAUUACUCCACAUUCUAUCAGAUACACAAUUGGUUCACCUUUACACUCUUGGCCAUUUGUCCGGCAAUAUUCUUACUGAUUGGCAAUACGGCCAUCAUUUUGGCCUUUCGUCGCUGGACCAAACAGGGCAAGGCUUGCCGUCAGGCCUGCUCCAAUGCCAAUGCCCAAACCACUAACAAACGAUAUCAGCACCAAAUGAAAUUAACGAUUAGCAUUGUGAUUGUGAUAACUCUUUAUAUGAUUGGAGAACUGCCCGCCCACAUGACAUCGAGGAAGAGUUCGCUCAAUUUGCUAUUUGGCGGCGAUGCGGACAAAGUGAAUACCCAGCUGAUGGAGAAAUUGGAAGUGAUUUGCAUCACACUCAAUGCUCUGCAGCUGUCCAUGAAUAUUGUGGUCUAUGCCGUCAUCAAUCCCUCAUUUAUGCCUGAAUUUUUCGUAUGCCUUCGUGGAGCAUCCGAUGUUUGCUUUAGCCUCUGUUGCAUCCCGGCAAUUCGUCGUAGUUGGCAUCGCUGUUGGUCGCGCAGGCGGCAGGAGCCCCGAGCCGAGGAGCGUGUGGUUAGCAGCAUAACUCCACAACCACUCCCCGCCGAUGAGCCACAUCAGUGUGGCUGUGAGAGCUGGAGCAGUGAUUCCGAAUGUCAGAAUGGCAAACAUUGUCGUGCCAUUGUGGGCACAUUUGCAUUUGUCGACGACGAGGAACAGGAGCCGCAGCAGCCCCAUCGGGAUCCCGAGAUAUUCACCACCAAAGCCAGUGGUUGUGUCCAGCUGAAGGAGCCACCAACUGACGAAACAGCUCCGGAUGAGGAUUCCCUAUUUCACUCCAGUUUCAUCAUGAUUAAUUAA